UUAUUUAACCUUCAGACUUUCGGUCAAUCGCGUUAGUUUGUUAUCAGAAGUAUAUUAGUAGAAGUUAUGAAUUAAAUUUAAGCGCAACAAUUUAUAUUUUAUAACAGUAAUACAGACAAAUGUACAAUGGCACCAACCGCAGCAGUUCCAGUUGAGCGAUAUGAAUCCGAAAACAUUGGAAUCAACGCCAUUCUUUUGGGUCCACCCGGCUCAGGAAAGGGGACGCAGGCGCCUCUGUUAAAGGAGAAGUUUUGCGUCUGCCAUCUCUCUACGGGCGACAUGCUUCGAGCUGAGAUUUCCUCCGGAUCCAAGCUAGGCGCCGAGCUCAAGAAAGUCAUGGACGAGGGAAAAUUGGUAUCCGAUGAACUAGUGGUCAAUAUGAUUGAUUCGAAUUUGGAUAAACCAGAAUGCAAAAAUGGUUUUCUUUUGGACGGUUUCCCAAGGACCGUUGUGCAAGCUCAAAAGCUCGAUACAUUACUUGACAAGAGGAAAACUAAUUUGGAUGCUGUUGUCGAAUUCUCCAUUGAUGACAAUUUGCUAGUUAGACGAAUUACAGGACGUCUAAUUCAUCAAGCAAGCGGAAGGUCUUAUCACGAAGAGUUUGCUCCCCCCAAGCAGCCAAUGAAAGAUGAUAUUACUGGCGAACCUUUGAUCCGACGAAGCGACGACAACGCCGAGGCACUGAAAAAACGCCUUGAGUCAUACCACAAACAAACUAAACCAUUGGUUGACUACUAUGGCUUCAGAGGAUUGCACUUCAAAGUUGAUGCUGCCAGAAAGUCCAGUGAUGUCUUUUCGAAGAUCGACUCAAUAUUCCAACGCCAACGUUCCUCUAAGGUUCAGUUAUAAUUCGUUUCACAGUUCGGUCAACUGUGAAUGGAUACUGCCGAUUAACAUUAUUGUUUAAUUAUUGAUAUUUAAGCCUAAAGUUAAUGCUGCAGUUAUCUAACGUCCAUUGACAACAAAAAUAUUCUAUAAAAAGGUCUACAGCUAAUUCCUUUUGUACAGUUUUCUAAAAUAAAUAAGGGUUUGUUUAUUAUUAAACAUUGCAACAAAAUAUACAUACAUA